AUGGGCGGAUCGUCGCCUCCAUUCCUUUACGGUCCCCCAGCUUCACACAGCUUCUAUGGUCCGACCGACCGUCCUUUCAACCCCAAGGCCGUGACAGAGGCGAGCUGGACUCGUCCCGCGCCCAAACCGAAGCCCAAAGGGCCGUUAAUCAACUUCAAUCGACACCCGGAUUCUUACUGCAAUAUACCAGACGGAAAGUCGCGAUGGACCCCGAUGAGCCCUCGCACAAAGGCCAAGGUGUUCUACGGUAGAAAGGUCCAACUUGGAUUUCGCGUUUUGGCUUUGCUAGGGGCUUUGGGGUCGUUGUUCUGCGCCAUUGUGGUCAAAAACGUCCCAGCGGUGAUGGUAUGGAUUAUUCGUGCCGCUCCAGCAGUAGCUAUUCUCCACGGUCUUUAUGGCAUCUAUCAUUUGUGUCGCUCUCCAGUUAUGAGAGCUCCAGGAUCCCAAGCUAGCUACAUGCUGUUCGCUUGCGUUCUGGACCUUGGACUCAUCCCGUUCUACGUGUUCUCGGCGUACUUGGGUUAUAUGCAAUAUGCAAACAGCGCCUACAACUGGAGCACUUUACUUGGAUCCCAAAAUGAUCUGGUGCAGAAGAUCGCACAGUCACUUUUCCUCCUGAGCGUGGUUAAUGGAGGCCUUCAUGCAAUCAGUCUGGGCAUCUCUAUCUUCCUAGGCUUGAUAUUCCGCGAAAUUUCCAAGUUACCUCCCGAUUUGAACCCGCUGGAAGACAACCUCACAGCUCGUCCCCACAAGCGAACCAAGUCCGAGAUAGCCGAAAAGCAUAUGAGCCAGUCAACCAUGGAUUCGGCCACGUCGGACGAUCCGCUCAUCGGCCCGCCCCGCAAGAUGGCUUUCAUGCACACCAGGGGCCAGUCAUCUGAAGGAGGCUCUAGUCGGUUCUCCUCAGACUUUGCCGGAAGCCGACAGUCGCAGACUUUCUUUCCCUCCCAGAGCCCGCGGUCUUCUAUCCCACAGAUGCCGUUCAACCAACCCAGUGAUCUGGUGGACGAUUCAAUGUAUCAAAUUCCCGAAGAACAUCCAGACAUUUUCACUAGGCCAACCUCUUCAAUCCCCCGCGGUGCCCCCGUCAUGGAGCCGUCUCCUACCGUCCCAAGUCGUUCCCUGUGUGCGAGUCCGGAAUCAGACAACUGGGUGGCUUACUCAUCUCGGGCAGCAUCCCCAGUCGACAAUGCCAAUCAAGACGAUACGGCGCGCCGUGAUCCGUCUUCCGUGUAUAGCAGGACGAACACGCCGGCGUCUGCGAAGGGUGGAAUGAUGGAUUGGGUGACUGCUGGAGGCCGGGGUAAACUGACUGGUGAAACCAUUAACGAAGAUCGGGGAGAGUAUGAGUCGGUCCCAAUCAAUGAAUACUACGGCCACGACGAUGACGACCACUACCGCCGGCAAAACGAGUUAUACGACAGCAUUGAGCAGGACAUCAGUGACAACCGCAUCAACAUUUACCAGGACUAUGAUGACCAUGAGGAACGCGCCACGGAUCUUCCAUUUAACCCGCUGGGAAUGAACCCUCCAACCCCGCAGCCAUUCCUCGAUGAGAACCUAGAUCACAGUCCCACGAACGGUCGCAUGGUCCUUUCUGAUAUUCCCAACCUGUCUCCGACACCCCCGGUCACGGUACCCUCGCUUGAAGAGGAAAAAACGGGUCGGUUCUACGGAGAUCUCCAAGAAAACACCGGACUCAACACGCUUCGCAGGGACAGCGGCUUCGGCGAAGACGCCACCGGACUAAGCCGGAAGAAAAGCAAACUAGUGAAACAGAAAACCCAAAAGAAGAAUUCUUAUGGUGUCCUCAGACAGACGGACGAUGUUGACGUUGGCGAAGAUCACGGUCCAAGUGGCCAAUCCAACGGCCUUGCUAUCGCAGAUGGUGACCGCAAGGGUCGUGUCGUGAGUAACUCGGGGGCAGAUCUCAGCCAUCACCUCGGGACUGCUUCCUCGCUGUCCUAUGGGAAAUAUAUCGCUGGAUUGGGCGUCGGUCGACGGCGGGAUGUGAGCGGCAAGUUGGCGGAAGAAGGUCGGGGAGGUGUCAAUAAGCCUGCUGGUCAAAGUCCAGCUCCGAUCAGAGCUGCUGGAUGGGCGCGGUUCGCUGGGCUGUGA